AUGUCUGAAUUUGGACCAUUAAAGCCCACGAGUACCAACCAUAGCAGCCUCCUGUCGAAAUCAAUGUGGUUGUGUCCUCUUUUGAAACCCACACUGAUGCUAACGUGCAAGAUGUGUUGCAUAUGCACGGCGAUAUGUGGGAAGUGUCAAAGGUGUUUGAUGAGUGGCUUGCAGUUGGUUUCAGAGUUAGGUGCAGCUAGAGGACCUCGAUAUUUAGAAAAAAGGGCUGACGGGUUCGAAGUUGUCGUUGGUUUGGAGGAGAAAGGACUGACAGACAGUGACCAACGAGGUUAUUGGAGUGUUCAAGAGAGAUGGUUGUGGGUGGUUCUUUCUCGGCGAAUGUGGUCGGAGAUGGUGGCUAUAGGUGGAGGCUGGCGGAUUGUUGAAAAUAGGUCGGAGAUGGUGGCUGUAGGUGAUGGAGUCGAUCGUUAG